UAAGGCAUCUAGUAUUCCCUGUCAUUUAGUAUGACUGCAUCCAUGGAUAUGCAUGACAUGACAUGUACAUCUGGGUCCGCUAUGUAUGUAGAAAAAUACUUUCUCUCCAAGACUGAGUGUUAGGCUUUGUACUUUCCAUUUGGAUUGGUUGGAAAACCAGCUCUACACUCUUCCAAGCUAUGGAACCUUCUUUGUCACAGGACUGUUUGAAGAAAAGGAAUGCAGGACUUAUCAAAACCCGUUUGAUCACUUCUACUUGAAUUAUCUCAUAUUUCUUUCACAAGGCAUCCAUCUUGUAAGAUUAAUUAUCAAGAAGAGGAAUCCACUAAACAUGGAUGAAGAUGUAGAAGGAGAAGAUGCAAGUAAGACUGGAAAUGGUGUAGGCUCAAGCAACUGCAUGGUUGAAGAAGGUGAUCACAAGAAGGCAAGUUCAAGUAGGGUGCGGCCAUAUGUAAGAUCAAAGAUGCCUAGGCUGCGAUGGACCCCUGAACUUCAUCUUUGUUUUGUUCGAGCUGUGGAGAGACUUGGUGGUCAGGAGAGAGCAACUCCAAAACUGGUCUUGCAACUAAUGAACAUCAAGGGUCUUAGUAUUGCUCAUGUCAAAAGCCAUUUGCAGAUGUAUCGGAGCAAGAAGAUUGAUGAUCAGGGGCAAGUUGUAAACAACAGGCAUCUUUUGGGAAGUGUAGAUUACCUUUCUCAAAAUCUUUGGCCUCAGUCCACGCUUCAUGAUCAAAGAGUGAUCAGUGCUUUCCGAGGAAAUAAAAUGUCUGACCCUUACUUGACUAAUUGCAUAAAUAGUAGAAGGGAAGCUGGUUUUCGCCGUUUAGACACGAGUGAAGAACUUGGUUCAAAUGCAAGGAAUGAGGUUUUCUACAUGAGUAAUAACUUCAUCUUCAAUCAGCAACCUGUCAGGGAAAUGGAAGAGUUUCAAGAUGAAGUACAGUUUCCAGAUGAUCGUGAAAGCAUGCAGGCAAAAAGGCAGCCAAUACUAAUGCAUCCCUCUUUUGCAAACAAGUGGCUUGGCAGAGGAGCAGAAAGGCAAAGAAUUGCCAAAAGAAAAGCUUUUGACGAUAACCUUGAUUUGAGCCUGUCACUUAGCACAAAGCUGAGGCAAGAAAUUAGGAGAAAGACCUCCAAUGAGGUAGAAGCGGCCAAUAGCAAUUUGUCUCUUUCUUUAUCUUCUCCUUCAAAGACAGAAAUGUAUUCUGUGAAUGUAAACAUGGUCUCAAAGAGCAGUAAGUUGAAAGAAGAUCAUUCUAAAAGGAAUCUUAAACUGGCAAGUACCCUGGAUCUGACUAUAUGA